AUGACGCCGUUCAGUUCUUCAAACACUCGAUCUAUCCUUUCAAUUCCAUUCUCUCAACAGAGAUCACGCUCCAUCUCCACAACGAUGGCUUACAAGCAAUGGAUCGCUUUAAAGCUCCGAAGUCGCCUGCGUAAGGGUGACAUCCGAGUUAAGGAGGCUAGGCUCGAAUCUGGCAAAUUCUACCGGGGUAGCAAAGACAACGAGAUCAGCAGCAGUGAAGUCAACAAGACAGUCAUCCCACCCCAAGGUCAGGGCCUCGUGACUUCUUGCGGGCGUUCAGACGCGGCCAUUGGCACCGAGGGCUAUCUGACCAUUUACGAAUCGGACGGCGAGCACGAGACAAAGAUCUGCCGGGUCUACUGGAGCGCACCCUGGGGUGCGUUCCCGAAUAUCUUGAACAUCCUGGACUGGGACCCUAACACGUCCGAUUACUCCAUUUCGAAAGACGAUGUGCAGCAGGACUCGACCAUUGGAAACGUCGAGAUCGUCUUUGCCAAGCUGGCAUAA